AUUAUACCUGACACGACUGCCGAGGCCUCCACGUCCAAGGAACACGUCCCGAUGGAGUCCACGGAACGCUCCAUGACCUUCGAAGACGCGGCCGAAGGAGGAGUCAAAGAGUGCGCAGGUAAUCGCAACUAAUCACCGAAUUCACUGUUAAUUUUACGUAGGGUGACCCAAAUUACGCCCAAAAUGCAAUUAAUUAAAAACACGUCCCACACGUCAAAACCACGGCAGACAUUUUGAAAUUUCUUUAAUUGUGAAGGGUUGUCAAUGCAGUUUUCUGCAAUAUCUCGCGCCCUUUAUCUACCGCUGGCUUGGUGUCGUGCAUUUUAGUUUUAUUAUUUGAAUAUUUCGCGGAAAAUACACUUCAGUUAUGAUGAAUUACAACGAAAUUUUAGAUUCGUACAAAAAAUUAGCAGCUCUAAUUUCGAACCCCUCACCUGACUUGCAAUACCCUGAAAUUUAUAACGCGCUGGGUAGUUUGGAGGAAGAUUUAAACUUACUACAAAUUCUAACACCUUCCAAUGAGGGGCUGAAUGGUGUUAUUUUAUUGAAAGACCAGGUGGUGGCGUUAUUGAACUUUGUAGCUGGUUUAAACCACAUGCAGCAGCAGCAGCAAGCUGCAGGUUUUGGAAUUCCACCCCCGAGAAGUCAAAGUCCCAGCUCUGACUCCAUCGAUGAGCCUAUUACCAGUGAACAGCUAAGCGUGAAGGGGUUUAAGGACAUAGCGGGUAUGUGGGAAUUAAAGGAAGUCCUAAAAAUGAUGGUGAUACUGCCGAAAAAGCAGCCGCAGCUAUUUGAGAACCGAAGGAUGACAAAUAGCCUUUUAUUGUUUGGUCCGCCAGGAACGGGGAAAACUAAAAUUGUUCAUGGCAUUGCAGCUGAGGCGAAUUGUUCUCUGUUUGCUAUUUCAGUGGCUGAUAUUAUGCAGAAAUAUUUGGGGGAGAGCGAAAAGACAAUUAAGAAUUACUUUGAGAUGGUUAGGAAUUAUAAGGGUUUUUCUAUUUUGUUUUUUGAUGAGAUUGAUAGUAUUUCACAGAGGAGGGGUAGCAGAGAUGCAGGAUAUUCCAGAAGGGUUUUGACAGAGUUCAUGUGUCAAAUGAACAAACUAGAGGAGACGCGCAAUUGUUUAGUAGUCGCGGCCACCAACUGUCCGUGGGAUUUGGACCCGGCGGUCAUGCGCCGCUUCCAGCGCCGCGUCUACUGCCCCCUGCCGGACGAUUUCGAACGCUACGAAAUAAUCAAAUUGAUGCUCGACGAGUCCGGCAUCGAACCGCAAGCGCUCGAUUGGUCGAGCCUGCAGAAACAAACGAAAGGGCUGUCGGGCAGCGACAUAAAGAACGGGGUCCAAGCGGGCUUGGACAAGCCUCUGCUGGAUCUGCAGGUUAAUAGGUUAUGGAAGGUGACAAAAAGUGGUUUUUUCGAACCUUGCGACAAAAAUACCAGUCUUGAGGAAAAUGUGGUUUGCAUGAAUUUAGACGACAUCCCUGACAAAACUGUAAGGGCCUCAAAACCUAAAGUUGCGGAUAUUUUAAACGCUUUAAGUAAAGUUAAGCCUACAGUAAGCCAAAAUGAUGUUUUAAAAUAUCAGAAGUAUAAUGAAGAAUUUUGACUUUUAUGUUUAUAUUUUUUUUAACCGUUUUUUGUACUAAAACUAUGUUCCGUUUCCAUGUAGGUAUUAAACUAUCUUUAAGCCCAAAUUUUGUUUAUUUUUCCCCGCAAAUAAAACCUCAAGUUCAGUUAAACACUUUAUUAAAUAUAUAUUAUUUUUAAAUAUACAUAAUAUGUAUUUAAUACUAAUGAGUGACAAACCUUAAAAAUAAAAAUCAAUUUUGUUGAAAAUUGAAAUAAAACAUUGAGGGGGAAUGUGACUUUCACACUAUAUAGACACAGCCAAAUAAAUAAUAUCAAAUUUUAGACAUCUCUGAAAAAAACAAAUUUAAAAAAAAAUCACAGUAAAUUUAAGUGUGAACUACAAUAAUUGCUUAUAUACUAAUUGUUAUUAAUAUUUGUUCAAAUGUGUUUAAUUUUACAUUAAAAAAAUGUAGAGCAGCAAAAUUCAGUUUUAGGGUGGUUUAUUAAAAAAAAUCAUCAAUUUGUACUCUCCAUCUACCCACUCUUUUGUCUAUGGUGAAAACCACAGACCAAAAAACAUGUAGAUUAGACUGGGCCAAAAAAAUCGCCUUUUUUUGGAAAGCAUAUCGAAAAUAUUGUUUGGGGUGACAAAAAAAAUUAUGGUGAAAGUUUGAGUCCAUAAUAUUAAUAUUAAGAGGUCUAUCAUCGCAGUUUUAGAUUUUUUUUCCUGAGCGAGUUUUUGUCUCAGAACUCCCAAAUCAUUGAGUUUAACAAAAUUAACUUAAGAAUAUUUUUUGAAGAAAAUUGAAUGCUCUACAAAAAAGGUUUGAUUGGAAUUUCCCGUCAGAUGAACCGUUUUCUUACAAUCAUGCCUUAAAAAUUGCUAUAGUUUUACAAUUUGAUCUUUUAACUUUAGAAUUUUGUAAUUCAUGUACCCUGAAAAAAACCGAUAAAUAUUCUUAUGGGAAAUCAAAUGCUCUACAAAAAAAGUCUUUUAUCAUUUUUGGCUAAAUUCACUCCAUCAAGUUAUUCAAGGUUAAAUUUGAAGUGAAAACGAAAUUUUAACCUUGAAUAACUUUUGAUUGAGUGAAUUUAGCCAAAAAUGUUAAGAGGCAUUUUUUGUAAAGCAUUUGAUUUCCCAUAAGAAUAUUUAUAGGUUUUUUAUGGGUACUGAUUUUUACAUGAAUUACAAAAUUCCAAUUUAAGAGAUCAAAAUGUAAAACUAUACCAAUUUUUAAGGCAUGAUUUUAAGGAAACGGUUCAUCUGACGGAAAAUUUCACUUUAACCUUUUUUGUAGAGCAUUUAAUUUUCUUAAAAAAAUAUUUUUGAGUCAAUUUUGUUAAACUAAAUGAUUUGGGAGUUCUGAGCCUAAAACUUGCCGAUGAAAAAAAAUUAAAAUUGCGAUGAUAGACCUCUUAAUAUUAAUAUUAUGGACUCAAACUUUCACAAUAAAUUUUGUUGUCACCCCAAACCAUAUUUUCGAUAUACUUUUCAAAAAAAAAUAGUUGAUUUUUUUGGCCUAGUCUAAUGUAGAUGGAUAAUAAAUAAUUAAUUUAGUUUUCCACCCUGUAGUAAUUAGCUUAUUUGUACAGUGAAAUAAAUACAUUGCCAAUACAAUCUAAUGUAUAAAAUUUAACGUAUACAAUCGCACACUUCAUUAUAAUUAUAAUAAUUGCACUAAUAUAAACUGAUUAUUUAUUGUUUAUGUUUAACUUUGGUUAAAGUUCGGAUUUCACGUAGAAAAAAAUAAUAUUUUAGCCUAAAAACUACUGACACUCUCCCUGUCUUGCAGAUCGUUUAAUUGGGGGGGAUUUAGGGGGCCGGGGGGCUCCAAGUCGGGAGCGCUGCCCCACUGGCCCCUGCACAUUAUGCUGUCGUCGUACAGAGAGUACCUGUUGUGACUGAAAGUUAAAUAAACAAAUUGACAGAA